AUGGAAUCAAAGAAAAAAACAAAUAGAGGUAGACGUGGAUCUAAACGAAAUAGCGAAUUUAGAGGAGAAAAACCUAAAGAUACUUAUAUUGAAUUAAUUGGGGAGGCUAUUGAAAAAAAGGAUUCUAAACGUUCAACUUUGGAGGAAAUUGUGAGUUCUUUAAAUAAAUAG